AAAAAUGUCCUUGAACAACAUUAGAACGUCUUUCAAACACACUGGACUAUCUGUUAAUCAAGAGUUCAAGCGAUACUUUCUGAGUGCUUCAAAUGAUCGAAUCAGCAGAGCAUAUGAUCAUUUCGAAACGAAUUCAAUGUCCGAAGGACAAAUGACCACUGAUGCAGAUGCGAGCAUGUCAACAGCUGAUGGAACCCAAUCGAUGGAUUGGAAUGAUAAAAUGUCAAAAAUGCUCAAUUUUCUGGAACAACAAGUUCUUCGGUCUUUGAACAACAUAAGAUUGGCGUUCAACCAUUGUAAUUCCACAUUCAACCCGACGUUCAAGGAAUACUUUUUACACGUUUCCAACGCACGAUUGGUGGAGACGUACAAUCGAUUUGAAAUCCAUUCACAGAACGAAGAUGAAAUGAUGGAUUACAGCGAUGCAAUUGUGUUUGAAGAUCUUUCUUCCAUGGUAAACAAUUCCACCCUCUUCGGAGGUCGAAUGGCAAACAACAAAUCAAGAAAUCAGACUGUGGACGCUUUGAACAAUCGCGCCAGAAUAUACUCAUCAUCGACGGAUAUAUUUGGUGCCGUAGAAUCUGAACGCAAUGCAAGAACACAAGGCAUACGAUACAGCCAAUAAAUCAGAAUUGACACUGAAGAUGUGUUUUCGAAGUAUUUUAUAAAAAUGUCCAUUCUGCCUUAAAUCAGACAAAGAUUUUCCAUUUACAAAUUUCGUUUUAAGUACAAUUUCUUCAAUGUAACCAAUAAUUAAUAAACAU